AUGGCCGGAUUUUUCAGCUUCUACACGGCGAAUGGCCAGGUUGACUUUCUUCUGUUUGUUUCUUCAGCCCAUGCUCAAUUGCCGCCUUCACCAAGUGAUAAUCUCAACCUAUGUCUGCGCCUCGGAACACCGGAACGUCUUGAUGAGGCGUUCUGCUCUCUCGCUGAUGCAGAUGAAGUUAACCUCGUUCCUUGUUUUCUUAUCGGGCAAGCAUAG